AUGCGAAAGCAAGCAAUAUUCACUGUAAAAUACUUUAAUCAGAUACUGUCAAGUGUUCCAGUCGCGGUGUGUUCCUCCAUAAACACAAUUUGCAAAUCCUCAACGGCAAACAGAAACACGUUGGAUGUGGACGGACACGUCAAACAUCAACCAGAACCAAAAGCACAACACAACAGACCAAAACACUGUACAAGAAAAGAGAAUCUCGCCGCACACAAUGGAAGAAAUCCGCUCCUCGCUGCAAAAUCUCGACAACGCAGUAAUUCUCGACCUCCUCAGCAACGCCGCCCUAAACCACCCAGAGGUCAGGGCCAGCAUCCAAGGCGCAGUAGAUGCAAAGCGCCGCGAAGAGUCGGAGCGCGUCUUAACCUUCGACCACUUAUCCAAGUCCGUCUGGUAAGAGAUCAACAUCCGACACAAGCGGCUGCGCGACUCGCAGCAGUGCGAUGUGGCCGGGGAUGUGUACUGGGAUGUUCGAGUUCCAUUGGACGCAUUGAGAAAUCCUGUGGGCCCCUUGCGAAUGCGCAGACGCGGUAUAAUGGGCUUUCUACGCUGAGGAAGAUUGGGAAGACGAUUUGUUUGUCUGAGAAUACGAUGGGGAGGGAGGUGAGGAAGGAUUUUAAGAGGGAGUCGGAGUUGGAUAGUGUGAUGUUGCAGAUUGUGCAGGGGAUGGGGAACGAGGAGAGAUGGAAGGUCCGAGGCGACAAAGAGACUGAUGAGUCGCUUUGGCCGAAGCUGUUGGAGUUGAAGGAGCUGGCGGAUCCUUAUUGCGUUAUGGAGGGACUGCAGGGGGUUUUGGAUGCGUUGGAGAGCGGUUACCAUGAAGUUUCUCAUGAACCGAACCCGCCUGCAUAG